AUGGCGUACAGUAUCAACAGCGACAUCCCGAUUCCGUACGGCAGGACGAUUCCACUGCCAAAGCCUUUACUCUUGGACACAGUAGACCCAGAAAAGGCUCUUCGUCAAAUGGUACCAUUCUGGAGAAAGAAACAGUAUGAGGUGCUAGCAGCCAUCGUCAUAUCAGACUGCAUCAGGAUCCGAAAGCUGAUCUUAGCGAAACUCUCCAAGCUUCUACAAAUUGACAUCCAAAUGCGCUGGUGCACAAAUUCUGGUAGCAAGUAUUUACAGCCAGACAGCAACAAUACGCAAUACAUAUUCUACCUGUCAUUUGAAAAUUCUAACUGCCCACAGUAUUUUACGGAGAAAUGUUUUUACAACGCGUAUUCGAAGGGCGCCAUUCCUGUUAUAUUGGGACCCCCAUACGACGAUUGCUUCAAGUUAUUGCCACCGAAUUCUUUCAUCCACGUGGAUAGUUAUAAAACUAUAGAUGACCUGGCGAAACAUAUAACUAACAGGCAUAAGUGGUUCAAAUACUGUCCUACUGUCACGCAUCACACACUCAAUCGUACUCGCAAACAAGUCGCAAUGUGGCGCCGCAUCGAGGACGGAGUUCAGCAAGUCAGGAGCGCGAAGUACCGGCGAAUGGCGGUGAGCCUGCGUCCGCGCGUGAGGCCGCACCAGCAACUCAUGACGCCGAGCGCGCAUGUAAGUGUCCGGUACAAACAGUUGCACCAGCUGCUGCACUAA